CAGCACUGAGAGAAUGGCGCCGAUGCACCGGGGACAACAAUCAAUAUUUUAUAGUAUAAUAGCAAAUCAAAUCAAGGUCGCAGGCCUUUUGCGCCAACAUGGGAAAAGAAGAACAGAUCGAAGAACGUGAAGUUCUUGACUCCAUAUUCCCGGAUGAGAUCACAGACAUUUCCGACAACGAAUACCGCAUAUCCAUCCAGCUCGACCUCCUCGACAACGAGAACGAAGGCGACGAGCCCACCGAGCCCCCCACCAUCAUCCUGCACGUGCGCUAUCCCGACGACUACCCGGACGAAGCGCCCAUCCUCGACCUGUCCCCCCCACAAAAUGCCGUCCCGCACCCCUACUUCUCCGUCGCCGGCGACAAGGCGCAGCUGCUGAAGGACCUCGAGGCCACCGUCGAGGAGAACCUGGGGAUGGCGAUGGUGUUCACGCUGGUCACGACGCUCAAGGAGGCCGCCGAGCAGCUGGUGCUCGACCGGCGCGAGGUCGUCGCCAAAGUGCGCGAGGAAGCGUUGCUUGCCGCGGAGCGGGAGGAGAACAAGAAGUUCCACGGCACGCCCGUGACGCCGGAGACGUUCUGGAAGUGGCGCGAGGGUUUCCUGAAGGAGAUGGAGGAGAAGCGGCUAAACGAGGAGGAAGAGAAGCUCGCGGAGUUGAAGAAGGCCAAGGUUAAGGAGCCGGUGCGACUAACGGGCAGGCAGCUCUGGGAACGGGGAUUGGUUGGCAAGGUUGAUGAGGAUGAAGAGGAUAUUCCUACCGAGCAGAUUGAGAAGCUCAAGGUUGAGGCAUAAGGAUGGGUGGAUGGAUGGAAAUAGGACACUCGUAUAUUUGCGGAUUCAAAAGUCCAGCAUUGCUCGGAGUUUGGGCGUAUUAGGAAAGAAAAGUUUGUGUGUGAAUAGGUAAAUCAAGAGAGGACCGCCUCAUUUAUGGACA